AUGGGGAAAGGAAAAUCACUGAGCGAAGGAGUGAUAAAGAACAUCGUCCUCUCCUACACAUACGUAGCGAUAUGGAUCUUCCUAAGCUUCACCGUGAUCGUCUACAACAAAUACAUCCUCGACAAGAAGAUGUACGCUUGGCCUUUCCCGGUCUCUCUCACCAUGAUCCACAUGUCCUUUUGCUCAGCGUUAGCUUUCCUCCUCAUCAAGGUCUUCAAAUUCGUCGAGCCAGUCUCCAUGUCACGCGACACUUACCUCAGAUCCGUCGUCCCCAUUGGAGCCUUGUACUCACUCUCUCUCUGGCUCUCUAACUCCGCUUACAUUUACCUCUCCGUCUCCUUUAUCCAGAUGCUCAAGGCCUUGAUGCCAGUCGCUGUUUACUCCAUCGGCGUUUUGUUCAAGAAGGAAGGUUUCAAAUCGGAGACGAUGGUUAACAUGUUAUCCAUCUCUUUCGGCGUUGCGAUCGCUGCUUAUGGAGAAGCUAGGUUCGACGUUUGGGGUGUGGUUCUUCAGCUAGGUGCGGUUGCGUUUGAGGCGACGCGGUUGGUAAUGAUUCAGAUCUUGCUUACUUCUAAAGGAAUUACUUUGAAUCCGAUCACUUCUUUGUAUUACGUUGCUCCUUGCUGCUUGGCUUUCUUGUUUGUUCCAUGGAUUGUUGUGGAGUUUCCGGUUCUGAGAGAUACGUCCACCUUCCAUUUCGAUUUCUUGAUUUUUGGGACGAACUCGUUCUGUGCGUUUGCUCUGAAUCUUGCUGUGUUUCUUUUGGUUGGGAAGACCUCUGCUCUGACCAUGAAUGUUGCUGGUGUGGUUAAGGACUGGCUCUUGAUCGCUUUUUCUUGGUCGGUUAUUAAGGACACUGUGACUCCGGUUAAUCUUUUCGGUUAUGGGAUCGCGUUUUUGGGCGUUGCGUAUUACAAUCACGCGAAACUGCAAGCGUUGAAGGCCAAAGAGGCACAGAAGACUGCUCAGCAGAUUGAUGAAGAGAGUGGUCGGCUUUUGGAAGAUAGGGAAGGAAAUGAAGGUGGUGGGAGGAAGAACGAGCCAGAGGAUUAAUAAAAGUUGAAGAAUUUUUGAUUGGUAAAUUAAACUUUAUGAUUUUUGAUUUAAGUUAACAUUUGUUUGGAAUAAGAGCUUCAAGGAUUAUU